AUGUGGUGUCAUCUUGAGGACUCUAGAGGCCAUCGCUACCUUGAUGAAGCAGAUAGAGAUAAGGAGCGUUACAUGAAGGAACUGGAGCAGUAUCAGAAGACUGAGGCCUACAAGGUCUUCAGUAGGAAAACCCAGGACCGUCAGAAAGGCAAAUCUCAAAGACAAGAUGCAGCCAGACAGGCCACUCAUGAUCAUGAGAAAGAAACAGAAAUAAAGGAACGAUCUGUUUUUGACAUCCCUAUAUUUACAGAGGAAUUCCUGAACCACAGCAAAGCUCGGGAGGCAGAGCUUCGCCAGCUUCGCAAAUCCAACAUGGAGUUUGAAGAGAGGAAUGCAGCCCUGCAGAAGCACGUGGAGAGCAUGCGCACAGCAGUGGAGAAGCUGGAAGUGGAUGUGAUCCAGGAGCGAAGCCGCAAUACUGUCUUACAACAGCACCUAGAGACCCUGCGACAGGUGUUGACCAGCAGCUUUGCCAGCAUGCCCUUACCUGGAAGUGGAGAGACACCUACCCUGGACACCAUUGACUCAUAUAUGAACAGACUGCACAGUAUUAUUUUAGCUAAUCCCCAAGACAAUGAAAACUUCAUAGCUACUGUUCGAGAAGUUGUAAACAGACUUGAUCGUUAAGGAAUGGUAUUAGAGCUCCAAGAUGUGAGGAAGGAGAAGCCAUCUCUGAAAAUUUGAACUGAGUAGAAGCAGAGGAGUACAGAUGACUCUGCUUGUGAAGGAACUAUCAGCUGUGAGUUAAAUGCCUUCACCCAGAAAGCCAUAUGAGGGAGCGGCAAAAAGAACAUGUUUAUGAGCUUCCUAUGGAAUCCUCUUCGCGAAGCUUUGAAAGUGUGCAGCCACUCUCCCAAGUCUUCAGUUUUCUAUCAUCUGCUUUUCUGUUAAAUUGGAUCUGUAUAUAAUCUGUUGUCAUCUUCUGCAGUAUAAAGGAAGCCUUCUCAUUGUUCUACAGAUUUGGACCCUUUUAUUAGUGGCACUCUGGUUUUCUUAUCUACCUGUCACUUUUUUAAUGCCUUUGGUUGUUCUUUUUAUUCCCUUAACCCCCAGCAAGUUACACAUCUCCAUUUUCUGACCUCUGGGCUUUGUUGCUCAGCAGGGUUCUGAAGGAGAGUUUCUCUUAUUGGACAGGCCCAAUCUUCUAUCUUUAGCCUACUUGACUCCAAAGAAAGGAUCUUCUUUUUAACUAGGUUCUGUGGUGGAGACUGUUUCCUGUCCCACACAGUGUGCAGUGGGUGCCAGCCCUCGUGGAGGCUUUGUGAUUGCUACCCUGAGAAUAAGCUUUCCUUCCUCCUCAGUACUGCCUGCUGUUUUCUGAGCUUAACUCCUACACAUACCCUGCAUUCCAGCCCAGGUUCUUCUGUUCCCAUCUGUCUACAAUGUCUUCUGGAGCAUUUUUUGCUGUGGAAAAAGUCAUUGGUAAUUAGGAGAGAACAGGAAAAGUAGUCUCUCAUUUGGCAUUGGGGGGAAAAAAAGGUUUAUCAUAAGUAAAACUGACUAUGCUUUAGGUACACUGAUUCGUGGAUGUGGAUAGGCAGAGAUAUCAUCACAAUAGUCUCUUGAGCUGACAAGAAAGGACACAGAGGAAUUCCCAUGUCCUUUGUCUUCCUUCUAUAACCAUACUGUAAAAUCUAUUGCAAAAGGACAGGCUUUCCUUCCUUUUCCCCCUUUAGUAAAUACAUUUUUUUAAAAAACACCAAAAGAAAAGAGGGGUUCCUGAUUCACACCUAAAGGUUUGGUUUUUGUCUUGAUGCUCUACAGCACAGACUGUGUGUUGCAGCUCUGGUCUUUGGAACCAAAGCCAGGCAUGCUCAGCCCAUUGUCCAGGCACCACACUACUAAAGCAGGUGGACGUGUGGUCUCCUCACAACAUUCUCACAAAUCAGGGUGCAAGUCGGAAACCCCCUGGUGACAUUGCUGUACCAUCCUGUCUUUUUAACAUUGCUGUACCAUCCUGUCUUUUUAUCUGAUUUCUUCAAUAGCCCAAAGAUGUGGUGAGAUAGCCUUUUUAAUUUAAUUUUUAAAUGUAUUUUUAUUAUUGAUUUCAGAGAGGGGGAGAGAGACAGAAACAUCAAUGAUGAGACAGAAUCACUGAUCAGCUGACUCCUGCAUGCUCUACACUGGGGAUUGAGCGUGAAACCCAGGCAAGUGUCCCUACUGGGAAUUGAACCAUGAUCUCCUGGUUCAUAGGUUGACACUCAACCACUGAGCCACACCAGCCAGGUAGGACAGCCUUUUUUAAUGUCUGAUAUGAGCACACAUCAAAUUUCCAUUCACUGAAGCCCACAUAUCACCACUUGGCAAUAUUUUAGAAUAAGAGCCCAUCAUUAUCUAUGGCUUAUUGCUAUAAUCCUAGCCUACUAAUCUGCUUUUUUCCAUAUUUUUCUAUUCUGUUCUCACCUGUCACUGCUGGUGCUGUCACUUCUCUCAGAUUCCUUGCCUACUAAAUCCAACCUAGAACACACUGUCUAUAGCAGAAGGACAUCCAAGCCAGUUCUGGGAAUUUGUGACUGCCCUCUGCCAGAUACCUUCUGAUUUUCCUUCCUCCUGAUAUUUCUCUUGUUUCUUCCUCCUGUUAGUUUUGUGCUGCUAUGUUAGAGUGCUCUUAACCAGGAAAGGCUAUAACUUAGUCCAAGAUCAUCAUUUUCCUGACUCUAGAUAUAGAACACCUGACAUUGACUUAAAACAUCUGCAUAUUCAGGAAUGCAUGAGAUCUUGAAAAAGCCUACAGUCUGAAAUCAUUUUCACAAAAUAAGCAGCCUGCUUUUGAAAUGUUGGCUCUCCCAGCACCUAUAUCCCUAACUCACUGGUGACUGGGAUUCAACUGCCACAAUACCAUCAGGUCCCAUAAAGCACGUCUGUGUUGCCUCCUCUCUCCUCUGUGACCAACCAGGAGGUAGCAAAUGAGGUUUCAGACUAACAUGAUACCUAAUUCAUGCUUUCCGAUAACCUUAUCGAUAUUACUGCAUUUAUGGUCUUCUCAAGAAAUCAGUUGUUUCCUAUUCAAUGUUACAGAUUUUUUUUUUUAAUUAAAACACAAGGGGCAGCUAAGGAAAGUGAGACAAAGUGUUUUAUUUCUAACAAAAUUAAAUUUUAGAAAAAAUAUGUGUACAUAUAUUUGGAACUGUUGAAUUGCCAAGUUUUCUGUACAAAUGUUUUUGUAAUUAAACUUUUGUAUUUUUUUUUGUUUUUUUAAGAAGUCAAUAUGCUUGCUUGACAUCUGCCUUAUUAAAACUUUUAUGUUGAAUCCAUCCUAUUCAAUUUUAUCUGCAUUGUAAUGAAAAAACUCCUACCUCUGCCUUUUCAUCUUAAAGAUUGUCAACCCUACAUUAAUUAUUGUCUGUUAUGCUUUUAAAACAGUAACACAUUCAUUUUACUAAUUUCUUAUUCAAAAUGUAUCUCAGCCUGUUUGAGAAUUCAGCUCUUUUAAAGUAUUUUAUAACAAUACCAUGAGCUGUAAUACAUUUUAAUAUAGCACUAGUAUUCUGGAGGCAACUUAAAAGAAGUCUGAUUUUUCUUUGUUGUUGUUUUUUGUUAAUCCUUACCUGAGGAUAUUUUUCCAUUGAUUUAGAGAGAGUGGAAGGGAGGGAGGGGGAGAGAGAAGAAGAGAGAAAAAGAGGAGAGAGAAAGAGAGUGAGAGAGAGAGAGAGAGUGGGUGAGAGAGAUACAUUGAUUGGUGGUUGCAUACCACAUGCAUCCCAACUGGCCCAGGUAUCAAACCCGCAAACCCAGGUAUGUGCCCUUGACUGGAAUUUGAACCCGAGACCCUUUUGUCCACAAGCUGACACUCUUAACCACUGACCAACACCGGCCAGGGUAGAAGUCUGGCAGUGUGGCUCAGUUGGUUGGAGCGUUGUCAUUGGAGUGUCAUAUCCCAUACACUGAAAGGCGGAGGGUUCAAUCCCCAGUCAGAGGUGCAUGGGGGAGGCAGCCCUGACUGACCCAGAAUUGAACCUGCCACCUGGGUAUGUGCCCUCACUGGGAAUUGAACCUACGACCUUUCAGUGUAUGGGAUAACGCUCCAGUCAACUGAGCCACAGGGCCAGGGUGCCACCAUGCUUUUAAAAUCCUAGGGUGAGGUAACCUGGCUUCCUCAGCCUGAUGCUGUCCAAGAAAACAGUUGUGUGGCAUUGGGCAAGAUUUGCUUUGUUCCAACACUAAUUUCCUCUUCUUUUUUUUUUUAGUUGGUUUUUGUGUUUUUGAUUAAUCCUCAUUGGAGGAUAUUUGUUUCCAUUGAUUUUUAGAGAGAGUGGAAGGCAGGGAGAGAGGGGGAGAGGCAUUGAUUGAUUGCCUCCUGCACGUGCUCCGACCCAGGCCACGGAUUGAACCUGCAAUCCAGGAACAUGCGCCUUUGACCAAGAUUCUAACCCAUGACCCUUCGGUGUGCAGGCCAACACUCUAAUCAUAGAGCCACACUGGCCAGGGCUAGUUUUCUCUUCUGACCUAACAUAGGCCUCAGCAAUUUUACACUGUUGUUAGAAAGAUAGAAUUGGCUUAACAGAAUUGACCCUACUUGGGAGGACAUGAAGACUUUGCUAAAUGAAUACCAAAAACUAUUGAGGUAACUCAGGAUUGGACUUGACAACAAUUUAACAAACCCAAAACAGCAAAAGGUUAAACAAGAAAUGUGUCUCUCAGAAAAUUAUUCCAGAGGUUGGCAAUCCAAGAUCAGUAUAGAGCUCCUCUGCCCCAAAACAUGGUUCCAUUUUCAACGUCACCUCAUGGUCCAAAAUAGCCACUUGUCCAUCAGUCAUCAUUUGAAAUUCUUGGCAGCAUAAAGAAGAGGGCAAGGACAAAAUGGGAAAAUCUAGCUGAGUCAGCAUACUGUAAAGAGUCUUUCUGGAAAUCACAUUCACCCCUUCCAGAACUGUCACAUGACUAACAGCUAGCUAUAAUGGAGGUCAAGAAAUGUCAUCUUUCCUUGGAUAUUACUGCCCCCAAUAAUAAGCGGUUUUAGUUGAUAAAGAAGGAGAAAAUGACUAUAGAGUAGGCAACUGACAGCUCAAUUCAUGAUUCAUAUUUCUGACUCCAUGUGCAUGCACUAAGGCAAGGCAUGUUGUAUUAGUGAGCAGGAUACAUUAUCUUGCUUUUGCCUCUUGGCCAUCUGGGAAUGAUCAUAUACUUCUCUUUUUUUUUCUUUAUUGAUGAAGGUAUUACAUUUGUGUCCUUGUUCCCCAAUUCCCCCCACCCCCAAAGCCGUUCAUGCCAUCAUAUACUUCUUUGGCACUUUCCCCCAAAAAACAGUUGAAAACUAGCUGCAUUCUGAAUCAGCAUUUCCUGUCCCCACCUUAGCUUCUCUACAACCCCUCAUCAGCUGUUGACCAGUCUUUUUUAUUAAAAGUCAGCAUAAACAGUCCCUGACCGGUUUGGCUCAGUGGAUAGAGCGUCGGCCUGCAGACUCAAAGGUCCCAGGUUUGAUUCCAGUCAAGGGCAUGUACUUUGGUUGCGGACAUAUCCCCAGUAGGGGGUGUGCAGGAGGCGGCUGAUGGAUGUUUCUCUCCCUUUCCCUUCCUCUCUGUAAAAAAUCAAUAAAAUAUAUAUUUUUUAAAAAGUCAGCAUAAACAGGUGGUAAUAUUUCCCCCAUUUUCUAAAUGUUCAGCAUCUGCUAGAUUAAGACAACACCAGGAUAAUCUUUCCCUGAGGGUGGAGAAAGUGAAGUGUUGCUUGGUAGAAAAGUGCAGAACAGCCUCUUGCCCUCUAAAAGGAUUUCAUGCAACUGACACUUCUGAGUCAAGGGCUUUUUCUUUGUUUUAUUUAUUUAGCUUUUCACACAUAGUCUGCACUCAGAAAUAUACCUUAUCUACAGAAAUAAACACUUGGCUCACAUGUGAGCUCAUAGAGGUCAGGAUUGAGAGUAACAACUGAGCCAUGGCCGGCUGGGCAAAAGUCAGAAUUAUUUAUCACUAGCUCCUGUGUUCUCUGAUUCCAUUCACUAUUUGGGACUACAAAAGUGUUUCUAAAACAUGGUUUCUGCCGCUAGGGUGUUACAGUCUAGUGGGAAGGAUAGAGAUGUGCAUAAAUAGUUCCAGCACAGAGCACCCUGUAUUAAGAGCUUUAAUAGAGGAAAAUGAUUUUUGGAAAGUGAAAGAAUUGCUUGAAUCUCACUUGAUAACAGAUGGAUUUUCCGUAAUUGCAAAAGAGUUUGCAGUGGGGAAUAGAGCAGAGUCUUGGGUGAUCAGCAUCUUAACUAAUAAGGACUUUAUCUGAAAUUUAAAUGAAAUAUAAAAGUCUAAACUGAUAACCAUUAGAGUUUUUCUAGUAAAAGUUGAGGUAUCUGGAGAUAAGAGUAGUUAGAUUAAUUGUAAUUUAAAUAAAUGGUUUUUCAAAGUAUGCUUUUGACUUAAUAGAUCAUUAAAUAAGUUGUUAAAAAUUGUUUAAUUAAAUUGAAAAAUUAUCAAAAUAUGCUACAUAUAAUAAGGGUAAGUAUUAAAUUGUAAAACUUUCAUGCACAUGUGAUGGAUUACAAUGUAAAAUUUAUUUCUCAUCCUGGGGUCAAAAUAAAGACAGUCAGUGACUAUU